GCCAUCUUCUUCGUUUCGAAUUUAACUUUCUGAAAGUUGGUUCUCAUUUACGGCUUCGUUUUUUGUUUCUAGGGAUCUUAGAAAAUCAGAAGUUUAAGGAGGAGACCUCAUCUAGCCACUUAGUUGAGCUUUCGCCAAUAACCAACGUGGAACACAGAGAUUUUUUCUUCUGAAUGCCUUCCUUUGUCUUCGUACUGCCGGUGGAGUAGUGAAAGCGUUUAUUUCGAAGGCGGGUUCAUUUAACAGACGAGAAACGGCUUAGCUUUGGAUACAGAAGGUCUGCUCUCCACGAAAUAUUUAGAACGAUACCAAGCGCUUCUGUUUACGUUUCGAAAGUAGGCGUACAGAGUGGUUUUAAGUGGUUUUACGUCGGAUGAACUUUGAGAAAUUCAACAACUCCAGUUAUCUAGUACGCCAUCAUCGCUUGGCUAUUGUUCACGAAGCCGGAUUUAGUUCAUACCGUUGCCGUGUUGGUAUGAAAACAAUUGCAUUUGGAUCGAAAGAAGAUCUACGAUCUAAGUGGAUGAUUUUUACUAGAAAACAUCGGCAAGAAAAUUUUCCUCGCCAGUGUUGAUUCCAUUUUGGGUUUCACUGUUUUAACGGCAAAGCAAAUUCACCCAACGCUGUCGUGUUCGGUGUCGCCAUUUUAACGAACGGGCUUGGUGUGGUCAGAUUGCUUCGUAGUUCACUGCAUUUCGAAAUCGCUGCCUUUUCUGUGUGGUUGAGAAGACGUCUUUUAUACGGGAGGAAAAAUACACAUUUCACAAGACCAGAGGUUUAAAUCGUGCGACGAAAUUGGAGGACUUCACUUUUGAAAACUUGGCAUUUGAAUGUUAGCGUGCGGGCCUUCUUUACGAACAAGAAAUACCGCUGUAAGCGUCUUUUGUGGAAGAAUAGUUAAUAUACCUCAAGACUUCUCCUUAACGUUUUCGUCUCGGCGAAUUAUGUUUUGAUAUAACGGACGAACCAUGGUAAACGUGAGAGAACUUAUCGACAACCUUCGGGCGACUAAACCGCCGUACGAAUGUCCUCUUUGCCAGAAGAUUUACAAGAGUUAUAGUGGAAUAGAAUAUCAUUUGCGUGUUUUUAAACACGAUGGCACUGAUGUUGUAGGAACUACGCCGACUACUUCGAAAAAGGGAAAAGGUCGAGGUAGAAAAAGUGUUAAAAACAAGAAACCGCCGCCAUCGCCACCGACGCUAAGUGUUCCGAGAGAGACGCUAACUUACGCUCAAGCGCAGAAAAUUGUUGAGGUGGAAAUCGAAGGUUUUCCUCAUAGAAUCCACAUAAAUGAUCAAUUGGAUGUUGUGGAUAGUGAGGAAAUUUCUCAACCGGAGCCAGAAAAACCAGAGGAUGCUUUUGAAACAAUGCUGAUCAAGCCGCUUACCAGUUCAAAAUCGAAGAAUGAACAGUCAAACGAGAACAAUAACAGAAUAAGCUUGCCGAGUGCGGAGUACAGUGAGAAAAUGGAAUCAGGAUUCAGGCAACCCGAUGCACCUACGAGACCUACCGCUUACUUCCGAUUUAUUGAGCAGACCACGGAAGAACUAGACGAAAUGGUUGAAUAUGAUAUGGAUGAAGAAGACUAUGUUUGGUUAGAUACAAUUAACGACAAGCGAAAAGCUGAAGGAAUCGCGCCGGUCUCUCAAGAAAUAUUUGAAACUCUUAUGGACAGGUUGGAAAAAGAGUCUUACUUCGAAAGUCAAACUAACUGUGAUCCAAACCAGUACAUCGAUGAAGAUGCUGUGUGUUGUAUUUGUAACGAUGGAGAGUGUCAAAACAGUAACGCAAUCCUGUUUUGUGACAUGUGUAACUUAGCCGUCCAUCAAGAAUGUUAUGGUGUGCCUUACAUUCCCGAGGGACAGUGGCUGUGUCGUCGAUGUCUGCAGUCACCAUCUAGAGCUGUGGACUGUGUUCUGUGCCCAAACAAGACUGGUGCUUUUAAACAGACAGACACUGGAAAAUGGGGGCAUGUUGUAUGUGCAUUGUGGAUACCAGAGGUUUGUUUUGCAAACACAGUUUUCUUGGAACCUAUAGACUCAAUUGAAAAUAUUCCUCAAGCUCGCUGGAAGCUCACUUGUUACAUUUGCAAGCGUAGACAUGGUGCAUGCAUCCAGUGUUUCAAAACAAACUGCUAUACAGCAUUUCAUGUUACAUGUGCACAACAAGCAGGCUUGUACAUGAAAAUUGAACCUGUAAAAGGUGAGAAUGGUCAAGUGACGGUCCGAAAGACAGCUUUUUGUGAUGUUCACACACCAACAAACUCUGAAGCAGGAAGAGAGGAGGAGAACAGCGAAGAUGAAAUUAAAGAAAAAACAAACAUUUCUAAGAGCAAGACCCCAAGCAAGACUCCUGCAAAAAUAACCAGCAAGUCUGCAAAAUCAGCAAAGUCCAAACGCAGCAUCAAAAAGUUUAGGAAACUUUUGGCAGAGAAGAAAACCACUGCAGUUCCGAUUGUUAAUAUUCCUUUUAUACCAGCUCACAGACUCAGUAAGAUUGUGGGACGAGUUGCCAUGGCACGAAAGGCUCAGUUUAUUCAGAGUCUUCAAAGCUAUUGGAUGUUGAAACGACAGUCCAGGAAUGGAGUUCCACUGUUGAGAAGACUUCAGGCCAGCCAUCAAAGUCAGAAAGCUGGUGCUGAUGAAUCAAGCGAAAGGUCACUGAGGAUCAAAGCUAUGAAAGAGCAGCUACACUUCUGGCAACGACUGCGGCAUGACUUGGAGAGAGCACGUUUGUUGGUGGAGUUGAUCAGAAAGAGAGAGAAGCUUAAACGGGAACAAGUGAAAGUCAAACAGCACGUGGUGGACCUGCAGUUGCAGCCACUGAACAUUGUUCUCAGGAAAACCCUGGAGCUCUUGCAGACAAAAGAUCCUGGAGAAAUCUUUGCUGAGCCUGUUGAUACUGAUGAGGUCACUGACUACCUGGAAGUUAUAGAUGAACCUAUGGACUUCUCGACAAUAUCAAAGCGUAUUGAUGACAAUCACUACACCACAAUGGAGCAGUUUGAACGAGAUUUCAAUCUGGUCAUCGGCAAUUGUUUAAGAUAUAAUGCUCCAGACACCAUUUACUACCGUGCAGCGCUCAAAAUGCGAGAUCAAGGACGUCCCAUUGUACGUGCCGCCAGGCGGCAAGUGGAGCGGGCUGGUAUAGACCCAGUAACAGGUCUUCAUACAGAGGAGCCACCAACACUGGCAGAUAGGGAACCUACUGAAGAAGAUUUCGUCCUGACAGAGGAGCAGAGGAGGGACAUGACUCUGGAGGAGCAGUUAAAAGAUCUGCAGGAGAAACUGGACAUGACUCAGGCUAUUAAACAUGGAGGAGUCAGAGCUACAAGGGUUCGAAUGUUACGUAAAGAGAUCGCUCUGGUCAGGAGGAAACUUAACCAGGAGAAGAGACAUCUUUCAGAAUCAAGUGCUGGUGGCCUGGACGGAUGUAACCUGAGCGAGACCUGUCUGUCACCACUCGAAGACGAACAGCCACUAAAGAAGUUUAGACCCAUUGACGAGAAUGACACUCUGAACGGCCCGCAGACCACCAAAAAUCUGGACACUGAAGACCAUCGUUUGGCAGGGGACAGUCUCCUUAACAGUAGAGCUACUGCCAAUCCUAGUCCUGGUACGAGCCGGCGCAGUGGAAUCUUGUUCAACAAGGGAAGGCACAGGGCCAGGAGGAAUCUUUCGUCGGGCGCCGACAAGUUCCCUUUCGAUAUUCUGCCACCAGCGAAUCACGCGUUAAAGACAACAGACUCGGAUAGAACGCUUGAUCCUGUUGCCACGGAGUGCCAAGUGACUGAGAAUUUGCAUACGGAUGAAGUCGGUGAAGAAGAUACUGUGUUCGAGGACAGACAUCAGCCAGCUCCCCAAGAGGAAAAGAGACCUCACAAACGACACUCAACAGACAAUGAUACUUUUUAUGUACCCAAGAAAACUUAUAAAACAGAACUCGGUAAGCUGAUCGAAGACGCUACCCUGCCCAUGUUUGACACGCAUCCGUCCGACAGAGGCCAUAACCACUUUGCGUGCGCGAAUGGUCUGCGGCAGCGAUCGUAUCGGUCGUACACCAGCGGAUCCGAGUCGGACAUCAGCGAGAAUGUGAGAAUGAACGGCACUCGCGCUUCCCGAGAACUGUGUCGAAAGUUGUCGGUAUUUUCCGAAGAUGAUGAACAGAGCACCGAUACGGAAAACAGUUCUGCUGAAAAUCGGGUUAUGAACGGACCAGUAGACGGGAGAAAGAAAAAGAAACCCGCGGCAAGACCUCGAAAGACGACGUCCGAUUCAGAGAUUGCUGAUCUCCCUCCUCUGCAACCGCUGGAUUUAGUUUGGGCAAAGUGUCGAGGAUACCCAUCCUAUCCUGCGCUGAUAAUAGAUCCUCGAACGAAGAAAGGUUUCCUUCACCAUGGCGUGCCUAUUCCUGUACCACCUGAAGAUGUGUUGAAGGAGAGGGCUAUUACUGACGAGCAUCUCUAUCUUGUGCUGUUUUUCGACGCAAGGCGAACUUGGCAAUGGCUACCGCGUCACAAACUUGAACCACUGGGCCAACACGGAGAGAGAGACGAGAACAAGUUACAGGAGGGUCGGAAGACGUCCAUGAGGAAAUCUGUCAUGCAAGCCUACGAACGGGCUAUAAUUCACCGAGACCAAGUACAAAGGGGUGACUCGCGGGACUCCGACGACGACGACGAUAGUUACGGAGAUGCCGACAACAAUGACGAAGAUCAGGGAGUCAACGCGAAUGGUAACGAAGUCGAGGAUGACGAGGACAGCGACAAUGAAGUUGAAGACAUCGAUGAACGCGAACUAGAGGAAAAUGGAUUUGUUUAGAAGCUGUUUUUAUUGUCGUUGUUUGUUAGAUAUCUCGCUAGUUGUUCCAAUUGGAUCGAUUUCAAAUUGGAUGUAGCUCAGAUACAGUUUAGAGGGCUUCCAACAAAAUAUAUUUCCUUCCACUGAAAAUAAAUCUUAUGGCAGCUAAUCCGUACGAUACGAUAGCACACCUGUUCACAUGCAAUUUUUUAAGCUAGAGAAUUUAACAUCCAGGAGUUUCUGAAAUGUUUUUUUUUUCUUCGACUUCGAUUCAAAAUAAAACGCAGCAAAGGCAUGGAAGAGUUUUUCGAUAGAAAGUGCGUUCAGAUGCCAUGUGGCAAGGACGUUUAAUAAAGCACACUUAGCAUUUUAAAACGUCGCACCAUAAAUUUAAUCUGUACUAUUGUAUUUAUACUUAGAAACCAAAUCAGUCUGUAAAUGUUCUUCUAUUUUUUCUGAGACAUCUCUUUUUUAACAAAUCGAGUGAAACCCGUGAAAGUUGUUGUUUUGUGUAUCUACCCUUCAUUCGUGUUGUAUAUCUUGUAAACCUUUGCAACCCAGGGUCAAUAAACUCGUCUACAGUGACAUUA